AAAAUAUAAUUGAAGUAGACUGUGAUAGAAUAGUUGGAGUGGAAAUUGUGCUCGAAAAUAUAGCUCUCGGUAAAGUAACCAGUCAGAGUUCUUACUAUGCAACUGGGGUAAACUCGUCACGUGCUGUAGAUGGUAAUCUCAAAACACGUUUUUAUGACAAUUCGUGUAUACACACAGCAACUCGACGUCCGUUCACCUGGUGGCAGGUAGAUCUGGGCAGUGAAUUCUACAUACACAAGUUAGCCAUUUACUUCAGAACACAAAACACAGGUCGCAGGAAUGGUGUUGAAGUGUACAGCUCUGUUGAUGUAAACCAAACAAACACUGGUCACCUGUGUGGCACAGCAACGUUAGACAGUCCAGAUGUGACGAGGAUGACAUGCAACAACACAGCGAGAUACAUCACACUCUACCGAAAUACAUACAAUAAAGACACUGCUGACAGGGCGAUGGAUUUUUGUGAAGUCCAAGUGUUUGGUAAGCUAGACUAA